AUGAUUCGACUUGGGAGUCCGGAGUUCCCCGAAGGCCAGCCUGAAAGGCAGGACACUCACUCACGAGACGCUGCGCCGCCGGCCUCCGGCCAACCAGGUGUCUGGAGGUCCGCCGCAGCCGCAGCGCGCACGCGCAGUGCGGCCGCGCCGCGGCGCCCGCCCCGCCCUGACCCGGCGUCGGCCGGCGUCGCCAGUAGCGCGCGCGACCGCCGUCUGCGCGACGACGCGAGGCGACGCGACGCGACGCCAGCGGACGCUGCGAUACUCUGUGCGCCGCCGCGGCCGACGCUCUCGCGCUCUGGGCGACCGCCCGUCGAGGCUCCCCCGGCGCGUGUGUUCUGCAGGCGGGGCGGCGGACACCUCGCGCCCGCGGAAGGUGGUGGAGGGACGCCGCGGCGGUGGGCGAGUCCCCGACCCUGCGGUCAAGGCGCCGCCGUACUAACCACAACUGGCGGCGUGACGGCGCGGAGCGGCGGCGGCCCGCGGGCGCAGAUGCGGCCGGGCUGGAGGAUGCGCCCGCGCCCGCCUCGGCCCGGCUAGCCUCACCAUGAGAGCGGCCUGCCGCUGCUGUCUCAUCGCCAUGGCCGCUCACGUCGUCCUAUCCCUCACUCCAGAACCCGGGACCGCCUCCAGCAGCAGCGCGGCGACCACGGCGACGCCCGCCGGUAGCCUGAGCG